GAUCUAAUCUACUCUGUAAAUCCACAAUGUAAUGUUUUACUGUUUUAAUGGCAUUUCCCCCUGAAAUUUACAGCAGUAGCUUCAUAAAUCAUUUCGAUAUAAUAGAAUAGACAUCUGAGAUGAAUCAUUUCCUGUUCUGAGCUGUUCGUGUCUGCUCCGCCAACAACAUGCGGCAUAUGUAGAUGUGAAACUUGCAGCUCACCUCAUUAAGCAAACCUCAACCAAGCAGAAACACGCUGUGUGUGGAACUUUGACAGGGUAGGAACCGAGGGACACAAUGUGGAUUGCUCUUUGUUUAAUCACACUUGUCGGCUUUUCUACAUCCCAAGCUGGUGGUCGUGGAUCACCGAACCAAGAGGAAAAUAAAAUCCCUCAAGGUUCUCUGGUCCCAGGUCAAGGGGAAGCUACUACAGCUAUAAAACAGCACCUCUGUGACAAUCUCAUCAAUGACUGUCAAAAGCAUCAUACCGGUUGGACCAGGUGUUAUGAGGACAGAGUUGCCACCUGUGACCUCAGAAGAGGACAUCGUCAUAUUCUAGACUUCGUUCGUGAUAUGGUGAACUCAUCACAAGAGUGUGAAGCUUGGCCUACACCUCGACAUCGAGCUCACAUCCCAUCAUCAGCUCUCAAGAAAAGCAAAGGAGGUGUGGCCGGUGACAAGGUCCUGGUGGUUGCCACGGUGAUCAACAGCACUUGUUUUAAGCUGACACGCCCCCCUCAGGGAAAAAGACGGGGAAUACGGCCCCAGCCUGCUCACAUACCAGGCACUGUUUUGGGGGGGUUAGUCCUGAUGGUGAGAGCAGGAUAUUCUCCAGUCAGGAACCUCUCACAGCCCAUCAGGUUAAUCUUCAGGCACGAUGAACCGGUUGGAAAUGGAACUUGUGUGUUUUGGCAGGAGUCGGAGCAAGACGAUGGAACAGGUCACUGGAGCACAGAUGGUUGUGACACCAGUCACACCGGAUCGGAAUUUACUUGCAGUUGCAACCACCUGAGCUUCUUUGCUGUGCUUGUGAACCCAGUGUUAUCUCUGGAUAAAAGGAAUGCUGUAUAUCUUAACUAUAUCGCCUACGUUGGAUCAGCUCUUUCCAUCAUCUUCACAUUUAUCAGCUUGAUCAUCUAUAUUUGCCUACAUCGGCGACGUCCUGAGAAGGCCAUCAGUGUGCAUAUGCAGCUCACUGGGGCGUUGCUCUGCCUCCACAUCAGCUUCCUGCUAUGCUGUUUCUGGGUUCGGCUGCUAAGCGAGAAUGAGGACAGUGUGGUUUGUCGGAUUCUCGGUUUCUUUUUGCACUGGUCUGUGCUGGCCACUUUCAGCUGGACCGCUCUGGAGGGGUUUCACCUCUACCUUCUCCUCAUCCGAGUCUUUAAUAUCUACGUCAAGAGAUACCUGCUGAAACUCAGCUUGGUGGGAUGGGGUCUUCCUACACUAGUUGCAGUGGUUUGUGGGAUUUCAGGUGUUUAUGGCAAAUACAGCCUACAACUUGAGGAUGAAGGCAACCAGACUUCAAACGUACACAUGUGCUGGAUGAGCAGCGAAUUCAAACAGCAGGCAGUAUUAGUCAGUUUCAUCACCACUGUGGUCUUCCCCUGCCUGGUGAUACUGUGUAAUUCCUGCAUGCUGGGGGUGGUGGUGUUUAAGCUCUGGGGGCUAAGAGAAGGUAACGGAGGUUUUAAAAGCGGCAGUGACUGGAAGAAGACGAGCAAAGAGAAAUGGAGCAGGUUAUGGAAGGACGGCGCCACACUGCUGGGCCUCAGUUGUGUGAUGGGCCUAACUUGGGGCUUAGCCAGCACCACAUACAUUACAUACAUUUCCCUUCCUGGGUUGUAUGUAUUCACAAUAUUGAACUCCCUGCAAGGUGUAUUUAUUUUCCUGUGGUCUGUGGCUUUGACCUGCAAGUCUCGAUCUGACAAUAACUCAUCAGUCAGACACCCUUCCACUCAGAAAAUGAUGACAACAAGUUUCAGUAACUGAAUUUAUAGCAAUGAAAAAUGUAUUAUUGUUACCUAUAUUAGGUCUUCACUGACCUUUCAUUCAUAAGCAGCAACUGUAAGGAACAAUAAUUUAAUUUCCUGAUGCUUUGCUACCUCAUUUUUUCCAAGAGUUAAGUAGGAAACUGGGCAUCAUGAAUAACAUCCUUGUCAAUAAUUUCCAACCUGUACAAUUAUGAUUGAUUUGAGUAAUUUCAGAUAGGCAAAGACUCCCUGAAUAAAUUUAAUAUGUUUACUUUCAUCGACUAAUGAGCAUAAUCAGAAUUUUUCAUGCUGGAUUUGAUAAGAAAGUGUAAAACGAAAUGUAUCUAUCUACACAGUUUACCUACAAUUUACUGGUAAACUCGGUCAUACCAGACAGUGGUAAGUCAAUAUUCAUCCAAGUGCCUUUACAAUAACCACUGGUUUUGUCAACAUACCAGCUAGUAAGUCACUGACCUCAGAAAAUGUAGCUUCUACUGUCCUAAAUGGUCCUGGUCAUUUCUAUCAUGUUCUAGAUUAGAGAAAAGGUUAUAAUGCCAUAUCCACAUGUUUUCAAGUCUCUGUUGCCACAGUUCAACAAGUAGUUCCACACUGUGAAAAAUCUCAAAUGUUGUCUUCGAAGGCCAAAAGUGGCCCCUGAGCUAUAAAGAAUUGUAGAGUAGGAGGCCAAGAAAUAGCCAAGGAUUAUCUAUAAGACCAAUCUGAUGAAUCUGAGCACUUGUUGUAGCAAUAUCUCGGGGCAAAAACUGAACAAAGCUGGUCUCCAUGGACACUAACCAAAGAGGACUCCACUUCCCAAGGACAGUCACACCAAAGUUGGCCAAGCUUUUGCAAAAGCUCACCUGGACAAAAAAUAAAGAUUGUGGUCAGAUGAGACAAAAAACAGAGCUGUUGGAACACAGUGAUGUAGCUUCCGUUUGGCAAAAGGAGACGCAAGAGUUAAGCCCGGUGGUUGGAAUGUAAAUUUUGUUUUUUAGCCAGUGGGCUGGAGCUCCUCAGAGUUCUGUCUCAGGAGUCAGGACCGAUACUGUUCACAUUAUACGUGCUUCCUUUAGGCAGUAUUAUUGAGAAGCACUGUAUUCUGUAAUUUCCAUUGUUAUGCUGAUGACACUCGUUGUUUUUAUCUAGGAAACCAGAUGAAACUAAUCAGCUAGCCAGGCUGCAAGAUUGCCUUAAGGACAUAAAGACCUGGAUGACCUGUACUUUCCCGCUACUAAAUCCAGUCAGGACUGAAGUCACUGUGUUAGGCCCAAACAUCUCAGAAACUCUUGCAGACCCCUGAAGAAGUUUCACCUUCAUCCAAGAGGCUUCUUCAGCCAAGGCAGGAGUGAAUCAGGAUGUAAAUGAUGUUGAAAUUUUCAGGGGAGAGACCUUAUCUCUGAGUUACAGGUUAUUCACAUGAAAUGCUGUAUAAAGCUGUGUACUCAGAUGAAGUUGUUGUUGUGUCAUGUGUAUAUUUCAACAAUGAAAACAAUAAAAACAUUUCUGUUAGAAGCAACAAA